AUGUACUUCAAGAUCAGCACCGUCUUCACCACCGCCCUUCUCCUUCUCACGGAGAUCACCAGCGCCGCUCCUGCUGUGUCUGCCGAUCAGGCCAACGUCCUCGAGGCCCGGGCCCUGACGUCUGACCAGCAGAUGGCGCUGAACGUGCACAACUCGGCCCGGAGCAGCAGGCGUGUGCCCGCGCUGCAGUGGGAUGCAUCUCUGGCCUCGGCUGCCCAGUCCUACGCCAACACCCUGGCCUCGACCGGCCAGUUCAAACACUCUGGUGUUGGUGGCGAGAACCUCUUCUACGAGCGCGGUGGUACCUAUCCUCAGCCCCUGCUGGACGCCUCCAAGGCAUGGAUCGCCGAGAAGCCCAACUAUCACAACGAAGUCAUUCCCCAGGGCAAUUUUGAGGCCUAUGGACAUUACACUCAAUGUGUCUGGAAGGGUACUACUAAGGUCGGUAUUGCUUCUGCUAAGGGUGCCAACGGUGCGGUCUAUGUCGUCGCUAGAUACAGCCCGGCUGGUAACAUCGUUGGACAACGACCUUAUUAA